GAAAAUUGACGAUGGAGAUACUGCUGUUGUCGUGGAAAAGGACCACUUCAUGGACGACUUCUUCCAUCAGGUAGAGGAGAUCAGAAACGCUAUCGAUAAAAUUGCCCAGGAUGUUGAAGAAGUCAAGAAAAACCACAGCAUCAUCCUGUCUGCGCCAAACCCAGAAGGAAAAAUAAAAGACGAGCUUGAAGAUCUGAACAAAGAAAUCAAGAAAACCGCUAAUAAAAUUCGAGCCAAGUUAAAGUCCAUCGAACAGAGUUUUGAUCAGGAUGAGAGCGGGAGCCGGACGUCGGUGGAUCUCAGGAUUCGCAGGACCCAGCAUUCGGUGCUGUCUCGGAAGUUCGUGGAAGUCAUGGCCGGAUAUAACGAAGCCCAGACGCUGUUUCGGGAGCGGAGCAAGGGGCGCAUUCAGAGGCAGCUGGAGAUCACCGGCAGGACCACUACGGAUGCGGAGCUGGAGGAGAUGCUGGAGAGCGGGAGGCCGUCCGUCUUCACCUCCGACAUCAUAUCAGACUCCCAGAUCACCAGGCAGGCUCUCAACGAGAUCGAGUCCCGCCACAAGGACAUCAUGAGGCUGGAGACCAGCAUCCGCGAGCUGCACGAAAUGUUCAUGGACAUGGCCAUGUUCGUGGAAACACAGGGUGAAAUGAUCAACAACAUAGAAAAAAAUGUGAUGAACGCCACAGACUACGUAGAACACGCAAAAGAAGAAACAAAGAAGGCCAUCAAGUACCAGAGCAAGGCAAGAAGGAAAAAGUGGAUAAUUGCUGCUGUGUCAGUGGCUCUGGCUGCCAUUCUUGCUCUCAUCAUUGGGCUCUCGCUGGGCAAGUGACGGUCCAGAUCGCGUCAGCAUGCAUGCUUCUCCGCGGGUGGGCAAAAUGAUGUUCAUUGUUAUUUGUGUAAUUAUUUUGCUUGUGAUCCUCGGAAUUAUC